GCUAGCCACCUUAAUACGGCGCCAGUUAGGGGCCUGGUGCGGUUAUUUUGAGCGGAAAAUUCAAAAUGGCGGCGAAUUUGGAAGAAAUUGUUUCGUAUUUUCACCAGAAAUGUGCGAAUGUUUCGCAGAUUUUAGAGCUUAGAGGCAUUGAUGAUUCUGGUGACUCAUUAAAGACUAUGCAAGCAAUCAAUGACGAGGUUACUGAAGUUGAAGAAAUAUUGAAUGACUUUAGGAAAGAAUUAACCAAACAACGUAAAUUGUUAAAACAUGCCGAGACUGUCAAAAAAGCUCUUGAAGGAUUUGAACAAAGAAGUGAAUAUAUUUCAAAAAACUUGCCUCAACAUUUACCAGGAAAUAAAUUAAGCAAAGGCCCUGAAAGGGCAGUCGUCUUGGCAGAGAAGGGUCAACUUGCAUCUACAACAGUUGAAAGAAAACCAAAAGUGAAAGUUGCAAAUUAUCAUAAAAUUGGAUACCUGACCACAGAAGAGUUUGACAGUGUACCAAAAUAUUUAAAAGGCCGUCUUGACUAUACACAUGUGAACAACGCAAUUGAUCAAAUUCAUCAGGCCUUGGCUGCCAAAUAUAAAAUCCUCAGCACUAAAAGAAUUGGUAUGGGGGAACAUGUUAUGAAAAAGUACAGGGAAUUCAAAGAACAAGAAACUGCUGAGACAAAAGGAUGUUAUUUCUUCAUCAAUAAGGAUCUUAAGGAAUUCUCCAGUUUCAAGUUGGACAAAGUUGGACAAUCUAUUUUAAAUAUCUUGAGGCAUUGUGGAAAACUGAAAGAGGUACGAAGUGGAAAACUUGUUCGUUUUGUUGUGCUACCAUAAAAUAUCUUGGUGUGAUGUAUUUGUCUUUAUUAUAAAUGUUGGAACUUUGUAUGUAUGUAUGCUAUAAAGAAAGACUGCUCAAGCACAUAUUAGCACGAUUUUGAUCAUGUUUAUU